UUGCUUAUUCAGGUAUUCUGGUAUUUUUACCCCAGAGCAUGGGUUCAGUGCCUCUAAAACCCAUCUAGAAAUGAAGAACCUGGACAAAUUCUUUACAGUAUUAAAUUACCUUGGCAGAGGUGGAGUUUUGUUGGAAGCUAUUACGAAGAAUGGAAGUACUGCUGGGGGAGGCGCUUACUGCCAAAAACCAGCCAGUAGCAAUGAUCAAAGUAAGCCCAAUAGCACGAAGGAGAGCAAUGCAUCUGCUGCGGGUGAAAGUGGAAAAAGCUACACCACAGACCAAAUGGAAGGAGUAUUCAGUAUAAAGAAAUGUAAAAACUAUUAUGAAGUCCUUGGGGUGUCAAAGGAUGCGGGUGAAGAAGACCUAAAGAAGGCUUACAGGAAACUUGCUUUGAAAUUCCACCCAGACAAAAAUGAUGCACCUGGAGCAACAGAGGCUUUUAAAAAAAUUGGAAAUGCGUAUGCUGUGCUGAGUAAUCCAGAAAAGCGAAAGCAGUAUGACCUUACAGGCAGCGAAGAGCAAACAUGCAAUCACCCUAGCAACGGUAGAUUCAACUUCCAUAGAGGUUGUGAGGCAGAUAUUACCCCAGAGGAUCUAUUCAACAUGUUUUUUGGAGGGGCCUUUCCAACAGGUAGUGUACAUUCAUUUUCUAAUGGUCGUGCUGGCUACAGUCAUCCUAAUCAGCACCGUCAGAGUGGACAUGAGAGGGAGGAAGAGAGGGGUGAUGGAGGUUUCUCUAUGUUCAUUCAGCUGAUGCCUAUUAUUGUGUUGAUCCUUGUCUCCUUGUUGAGCCAGUUGAUGGUAUCUAACCCUCCUUACGCCUUAUAUCCAAGAUCAAGUACAGGACAGACCAUAAAAAUGCAGACAGAAAACUUGCGUGUCGUUUAUUAUGUCAACAAGGACUUUAAAAAUGAAUACAAAGGACUGUCACUAGAGAAAGUGGAAAAGAGUGUGGAAGAGGAUUAUGUGUCCAACAUUCGUAAUAACUGUUGGAAGGAGAGGCAACAAAAAACAGACUUACUUUAUGCAGCAAAAGUUUAUCGAGAUGACCGUCUCCGAAGGAAAGCAGACUCCAUGUCCAUGGACAACUGCAAAGAACUGGAACGGCUGACCAGCCUCUAUCGAGGAGGAUGAACUACGGUUACACACGUCCAUCUUUACGUAUGCCGUUCUCUCUCUUGUAAAUUAAGAAGAGAUUAGUUUCACCAUGAAUGCUGGAAAAGAGGGGUGGAUGUAAAACUCUACUGUGUAGCUGUUUCCAGAAACCUUAUGCUGAAAUAUCAUUUAAUGGCUUCUUUACCUACUGUGAAAUACAGGUAACUUUAAUUGUCUAGAUUUUCCUUCCAAGCUUCUGUGAAUUCUUUCAGCAGAGAGAAUAGCUCAGAAAGGAUGCUAUACUUGUAGAGACUUAGUCAUAGUGGUUCUCCUCUAACAUAUUUGCCAUGUAAAUAUCUGUGGAAAGAACACUUUGUGUAUAUACGAGUUAAAUGACUUUCUAUUUAAAAACCUCAGAAAUUUAGUUCCAUACAACAUUUUGUCUCACUGAUGGAAUAAAUAGUAUGAUUACAUUACUCCUAUUCAGAUGUCAAGUGUGUGGAGUUGAAACAAGAAUUUUUAAUAUUUUAUCUCUAACUCUAUGUAAAAUCUUCUAGGUUUACCAGCUUAGAGGAACUUGGUAUUUUUAAAUAUAAUGGCAUAUAUUCCUAAAUAUCUGUUGGGGUACAUUGAUCUGGUGUAGAGUAGCACUUAGCUGGUGUAGUUUUUUAGCAUUUCUAAGCAAUGCUGAGAAAACUAAGAACUACACUAAUCUCUUUUCCAAGUAAAUAUUUGCAAAUGCUGUACAGACCAUUAUAAGCAUUGCUUUUAGUACUUGCAGCAGUUUACAGCAGCUCUACCAUUUGGUAUUCCAGUAGUAGUAAGUCCAUGCGUAUGGUUAAUAUGCAUCCAUAGCUUCCUGAAUUUUCACUGGAAAGGUAGAGGAAAACAUGCAAUAGUAAAAUCUUAA